UAGAUAUAUAUAAAUUGUAGAAAAUAUUUUUAGCUAAAAAAUGGCUGAUGAGUCUGAUCCUCAAGAUUAUAAGGGCAGUCCUGUUGGUUUAUCUUAUAUGAAUAAUUUUGUUAUGAUGGAAGAUUUUAUCGAAAAAUUAAAACUUAUUGAAUAUGAAAAAGAGUUUUGUCAACAAUGGGGUUUUAAACAGUUUUCUCGACAUUAUUUUGCAAUACCAACAAACCCAGGUGAACAAUUUCAUAAGUUUACAAAUAUUGUUGCUUGGCUUUUAAAUAAAUGUGGAAUAUCAUUUACAAGACCUCAAGAGUAUGAUGAUCCAAAUGCUACUGUCUCUGAAAUUCUUACACAAGCACGCACGCUAGGUAUUACAGUUGAUUUUCCACCAGCUAAAUUAAAAUCAGGAUGCGGAGAACAAGUUAUAUAUUUAUUAAAUAAACUUUCCGAUGAAGCUUUAAAAUAUCAGCAAUUUAAAUGGAGUCGACCAGAAUAUGUUCAAGAAGAAGAGCCUGAGGAGCAAAUGAUUGAAGGUGAUUCUGAGUUAACCAUUGAAAAAUUAAAUGAUGAGUUAGCAGAUGAAAUAGAAGAGGAGGUUGAAGAAGAAGAUAGCUAUCUUGAUCUUUCAGGACUAAAACAUCAAUCCUUAUUGAAUGGAUUUUCUAGUGCAAAACCAGAAUCUGUAUUAGAAUCCCAAACAAAUAUAGACGAAUGGAAGCUUGAAAUUGAAAGAGUAUUACCACUACUUAAAGUACACAUUCGUGCUGAUAAUAAGGACUGGCGUAGUCAUUAUGAACAAAUGCAACAAUACAGUAAAGGUAUUAAUGAAACUUUGCAUGAUACACAAUCUCAACUAGAUAAACUUCACCAAGAAAUCAGUAAAACUCUUGAAAAAGUUGCCAGUAGAGAAAAAUAUAUUAAUAGUCAAUUAGAAUCUUUAGUACAAGAGUAUCGAAAUAGUCAAGACAAGUUAGCAGUGAUUAAAGAAAAGUACAACCAAAGCAGUGGUGGGGUAACUGAGUUAACACAAACAUUAUCACAACUUACAGAGGAGCUAGAACUAGUUAAAAUACAAAUGGAUGAACGAGGUACUAAUAUGACAGAUUCAGGGCCUCUUGUUAGAAUUAAACAAGCCCUAGCGAAAUUGCAACAAGAAAGCAUAGAAAUGGAAGUACAAAUUGGGGUGCUGGAACAUUCUUUGUUACAAGGUCGACUUCGGGAAAAAUUAGGCCUUGAAUCUAAAUUCAAUCAAAUUAAGUCAAUUUAACAAAUCUCUUGUUUUUUCUGCUCUUUUAAUUU